AUGGGAUAAGAAUAAUCUGUAAAAUAUUGAUUUAUAAUAUUAGAAUCUGCCUUCAAAUAACUUGGUUGUUUAAUUACAUAUGCAGAAUUAUGAAAAAUUGACAAAAUUAAUAGAAUAGAAAUUAUCUGAUUAAACAUUUACAAUUGAUAAAAGAAUAAAUCAAGUAUGAAAUAAUGGAUCUUUUAAUUAGAUGGAUGAUACUCUUCUCCACUAUGCAGCUUUUAAAAGAGACAAAAAAUUAGUAUAAUACUUACUAUCAAAAGGUGCUUCACCUAAUUGCAAAAAUUCGGUAAGUAGAUAUAUUUGAUUUAUAAGAGAAAUCUAACUCCUGGAGAUGUAACAGAUGAUCAAGAAAUAAAAUUAAUGCUUGAAAGUAAAUGAGAAUUUAAUGAAUCACAC